CUACCGCAUCGUUCGAAAUGCACCAAAUUUGAAAGAUGGCGGAGCAGUUUGGGGGCAGCUGCCUGUGGCAGACGCAGAGAUGCAGAUCUUUGUGGAGACCCCGACGGGCAAGACCAUCGCGCUCAAGGUUGAGCGCAGGGCCACCACUGAGGAUGUCAAAGCCAACGUCCAAGGCAAAGAGGGCAUCCCGCCUGACCAGCAGCAUCUGAUUUUUGUGGACAGACAACUGGAAGAUGGCCGUGCUCUGGCAGACUGCGCUACCCACAAAGAGUCCACCCUGCCCUUGGCGCGCCUGUGGGGUGGCAUCGUCUCCGUCCUGGCCCAGAAAUGCAACUGCGACAAGAGGAUCUGUCACAGGUCUUAUGCUCACCUGCACCCCCGCGCUGCCUACUGCCUCAGGAAGUGCAGCCACACCGACAACCUGCCGGCCCCCACCUCCCAGAAGAAGGUCAAACAAGGGCCUUCCAUCGGCUCUUCCUUGGCCGGCAAGGUGGUCUCCUGCAUGAGUCCCAAGGCCCUGGCGCCUCAGUUUCCCUUUCGUUGA